AUGGCAGAAGAACUUAUAAGUGAUGAAGAAAUGUGUGUAGAUAACUUUUUUAAUGUGUUCGAUCAUUUUACAGAAACUCUUCAAGAUAAUUUGAUUCCUGAUGAUCUUCUUCUGCCUAAUGCUACUUUAUUUAUACAUGAAGGUGUUCAGCAUGGAAAAUAUAAAAGCCAAGCAGGUCAAAAUCCUAUAAAAAAAGCAAGAAUUAUUCAAAAAGAUUCAAAAAAAAUUGGCUGUAAAUCUAUGAUUAUAAUUACUAAAACCAAACAAGAUCAGCCUCAAAUGAUUAUUAAAUAUACACCUCAUUCAAAUCAUAUUUCAGGUAGUGACAAUGAUAUUGGAACACUUAGACUUUUAAAACAAAUUCAAAAUUAUAUUGCAUAA